AAAUUUGUGCCCAAUAGAACUUGGCCCAUCUAGUUAAUAAAGCAGAAUAAACCUAAACGGCUAGACCUGGAACUCUUGGAAGUCGGGAUGUCAAUCCAACCCGUAACCAUGGGUAUCCUACCCGAUCGUAACCGGUCAACGAGGGUAAUUACUCGCUUUGACGGGUUAAGGGAGGGUACGGGUAAUACCCGGUUUCAAAACAAAGGGUAAGGUACGAGUAUGGUAAUCGAUAAUACCCGCCCUGUUAUACCCGCCACGCUAACCAAAGGGUCAAUUUCCCUAGCCCUAACCCUGCCCACCAGUUGAUUUUCCUUGCCCUCACACAGGUGAGGUGCUUGCUCAGGCUCUUCUUAAAACUUUACUUGCUUGGGAUAUCGACACAAAGGUAUCUACGAUUACCUUGGAUAAUUGUUCUACUAAUAAUGCCUUGAUGGAUGUCAUGAAGCAUAAGUUAAGCAAUGAGCAUUUGAUGUGGUCUGGUUCUAAUAUUGUCUUUGUUGUUUUUGUUUAUGUGUGGAUUGUUGAAACUAGAACAAAUAUGAUGUAUUGUGUUUUUGUUUGUGUGGAUUGUAGAAGCAAGAACAAUUAUUAUGUGUUUGUUGUUUUUAUUUGUGUGGAUUGUUGAAGCUAGAACAGUAACAAGUAUUGAGAAUUUUUAAUGGACAACAGUAUGUAUGUGCAUGUAUGUAUAUAAGUUCACAUUUUAGGAUUCAUACUCAUGGUACCCGAAUACCUGUGGUUACCCGAUGGGUAGGGUAUGGUUACAUCAUUUUUAUACCCGGUGGUUAUUUGGUUGGAUAUUUUAAGAGGCUCUACCCGACGCGUUAGAAGUUGGUAUAGUGUAAACUCGCACCCGACCCUACCCAUUGCCAUCCCUACUUGGAAGGACUAGGAGUAGGAGGAGAGUUCCUUUUUUUUAUUCUUCUUUCGUUGUUUGUGAAAAUAGGUAUCACAAUUCAAUUCACAAUUUCUCACAAACACGGAGUUAUAAUAAUUAAUCAAAUAAAAAUAUGAGGUGACAGAAACGUAAUAUAUUUUUUUUUAUAUGAAUGAAACGUAAUAUUCUCAAUUCCUAUCUACUGUGUUUUCAUUAAAUUGGAAAAUUAUUUCAAUUUUGCGCUUUUUCCGUUCCACAAGGAAAAGUCCAUUCCGCAAACUAAUUGCCGCCUGUUUCAAUACAAAAACUCGAACUCUCUCUUCCGUUCCGCUCCUCUCGCCUUUUUCCCUCCAACUGCCAACAAAACCCUUCUUCGCGCCUCCCUUCCCUUUCUCUCACUCUCAAUUCAAUGGCCAUGGCGACCAACUCCGCUCAAGAUCCGACGCGUUCAGCUCCGCCGUCCCCUUUCCACUUUCAGCUCCUCCAUUCCCAUCCUCACCUCCACACUCCGAAUCAAAACGUCGCCACCGCCUCUCCUUUCCCUCCUUCUCCCAAUCGAAUCUUCGCCUCCCCUCUCCCUUCCGCCGACGCCGGCGGCGGCAUCGCUCGCCACUGCAGCAGCCUUCUCGCUCCUCCCCCGACGGCAGCAACGAUUCUCCACUCGCCUAAUUCGCAUUCUGCUCUCUCCUUUAUCACUAACCACACGAGUGAGGAUGGUAAUUACAAGGUUCAAAAUGGAGGAGGAGGAGUGGUGGAAGUCCCUAAUGGCUUCAGUCCAGUCAAGGGGAAGCAGCAUAACAAGGUGAAGGUCACAAAACAAAGCAAGUUGGCUGGGAAAAAGUCUAACCCUGAGUCUGUUGAUGGUCAGAGCCCAACCAGUGGCUGCAGAUACGACAGCUCUUUGGGGCUGUUAACGAAGAAGUUCGUGAAGUUAAUCCAGGAGGCCAAAGAUGGCACCCUUGAUCUCAACAAGACAGCAGAAGUUCUGCAGGUUCAGAAGAGAAGGAUAUAUGAUAUCACAAAUGUUCUGGAAGGAAUAGGGUUGAUAGAGAAAACUUCUAAAAACCAUAUACGGUGGAGGGAUUCUUCUGAUGGUUCUGGGACAAAGGAGUUUGAUUGUGAUGUCAAUAGAUUAAAGGCUGAAGUUGAUAGUCUUCAUUCCGAAGAAUGCAGGCUUGAUGAAGCUAUAAGGGAAAGGGAAGAAAGCUUAAGGCGCCUACAAGCGGAGAAAAGCAAUCAAAAGUAUCUCUUUCUGACUGAGGAGGAUAUUAUCAGCAUUCCCCAAUUCAAGAAUAGCACAUUGAUGACAAUCAAAGCCCCUCCUGCUAGUAAUCUCGAAGUUCCUGAUCCUGAUGGUGACCAGGACUUGGGCUCCCGCCAACACAGAAUGAUCAUUAGGAGUGUCACAGGACCAAUCGAAUUGUAUCUCCUGAGCAAGUAUAAUCACCAAGCGACGGAUGUGGUGGAAAUGGACACCUGUGACGAUGCUAGACAUAGUUGCAGCAAUUCACCAAAUGGCUCUACUUCUCCUGCAUCUUACACGCCUGGGGUUCAGAGGAUGGUACCUUCUUACAAUGAUAACUAUGAUGACUACUGGCUGCAAUCGAAUAAUGAAGUGUGCCUCUCUCAGUUAUGGCGUGACUGAGUACUGAAAUGUAACUGUGCUCGAGUACUACAUCAUGUUAUGACUUGUAUCUGGUAAUAUCCCAUGAUGAAAAGAGUCUCUGAUCUAGGUAUGAAUUAUUAGCAGUGCAGCAAUAUCUGAGGUGAUUCUUUUUAUAGUUUUAGAUCCUGGUGGGGGAAAUUAAGUGUAGAUAAUUAGCUUAUCCAGGGCUGAUCGCAGGGCUUACCAAAUAACAACCCUAUAUCAAGAUUAAGGGUUCGUAGUGAGAUUCGUUCAAGUAUUGGGCCAUAUAGGAAAUUUGUUAUUGUUGCAUUUCCAAUAACAAAAAGGAUGUUCCUUUGUUACCAAAAAAAAAAAAAAAAAAAAAGAUGCUCCUUUUUUUUUUAUCACAGUUCGGUGGUUGAUUCAACUAGAUCUUUGUUCAAGAUCACAGAAAUAUGGAAGUACUUCCUAUUGGUGUUUUCAUUUUUCCAUAUCCAUUUCGUGGUUAUACCAUAACAAUGGUGGAGUUAACUUAUGGUUCAGAAGGUGUUGUAUCUCUCUUCAAUUUUUUAUUAAAAGUAUAAUUUGUCUUUUUUUUUACCAAGUAAUAUCAAAGUACAAUAGUUAAAACCUCUACCCAAACUCCAAAAAAAAGAGAACAAAUAGAAGAGCCACCCUACAAAAUCGAAGGACGUUAUCUCCACAGGGGAUAGCAGCACGGCUUGUCUUGCCACUCUAUGGGCAGCCCAGUUGACAGUCCUCGGGACCGAGCUAAAAAGAAUACAAGCAGAACAUGAACUCAACAACUGAAAAUAAUAACGAAGUAAGGGCCCGCCCACUGAGUCUUCAAAGCACCUGCCUUCAAGUUGCCGGAUAACUACUUCUAAAUCACCUUCGAUGAUGACGAGAGGAAUAUCGCGAGAAAGCACUAAAGAGAUGGCGUCCCUGGCAGCCAGCAUCUCUGCAAGAUAAGGGUUCGAAAUUCCUGGAUGAAGGAACCCCAAGGCCAAGAAGACUUGCCCAUCCGGACCUCGAGCUACGAUGCCUGACGAGCUACCCGCAUCUCGAACAACAGCGUCGAAAUUGAUCUUGAAAAACCUUCAGGAGGACCAACCCAACUGGAAGGAUGAGAGGGCUGCAGGCGAGGAGGAAGGAUCUGGGGGAGGGGGGAGACAGAGGAGUAUUCUUGAACUUGGAAGAAGAAUUGACGGGCAAGCGAACUGGCUAGUGGUUGAAUAAAUUCAAACACCACUUUAUUUCUAGAUUUCCAAAUUCUUCAAAGAAGGCAAAUGCAGGGGAGAUAGUGGAUUUGGAAGCUUUCCGAGUUCAUAACAUAUCGCCACCAGAUCCCAAAGUUUUUAGUUGGGGCGGAGAGAAGUAAGCUACUUAGUCCCACCAUAUUCCAGAGGUGAAAAGCAGGUGGACAAUGAAAGAAGAGGUGUUCAAUACUCUCUUGACUAUCCCAACAAACUGGACAACGAGCUUGACAGUUAAUUCCCCGGGACCUAAGAGUCGUCGUAGUUGGCAAAAUAACUUUCAAACAUUGCCAUAUAAAGAACUUGAGCUUUGGCGGGACGUCGAGUGCCCACAUUCUUUUCCAAACAGGAGGAUCAAUGAUAUUAGCCAUCGAUUUUUGGCUGAGCAUUAAGAUAUUAUCCAAGGUAAGAUGAUACCCUGUUUUUACCGAAUAAGAUCCACUUUUGGUAAAGUGCCAUACUAACUUGUCUUGUUGAGGAAGUAUGGGAACUACCAUAUUACGAAUGAGAUCAACUGAAUUUUCUUUGAACCAGUGCCUUAAUUUAGGAAUAUGCCAAUCCCUUUGAGAAAACAUGCGGGGUCACCCGUGGGUUUGGGUCGAUUCGCCUGCAUUUUAUCCGAAUUUUGUUAUGUAAGUGAGUCUGUGGGUGGGUGACAGGUUGUGCUGUGAGGCAUUCACCGCGUGAUGGGUGGGUUGUGGGCAUGUGCGCGGGUGACCCGAACAAAGUUGUUUGCGUUAG